AUGACCGAGUACCUGCCCGAGGACAACCGCACGUACAAGGAGAAGGGUUACUGGGACUCGCGCUUCGACAGCGAGGAGUCCUAUGACUGGCUGGCCCGCUAUGAGAACGUAGCGGAGCUGCUCAGCAAGUACGUGCGCCCGUCGGACCGUAUCCUCAUGGUUGGCUGUGGCAACUCGACGUUCAGCGUCGACAUGUACAAAGCGGGCUUCCGCAACAUCACCAACAUCGACUUCUCCAAGGUCGUCAUUGAGCGUAUGAGCGCCAAGUACAGCGAAGAGAUGCCGGAGAUGAAGUGGCUCGAGGCGGACAUGACCACGCUGCGAAAGGUGUUCGAUGCGGACAGCUUCGACGUUGUCAUCGACAAGGCCGCGAUGGACGCGCUCAUGUGCGACGAAGGCGACGUCUGGUCGCCCUCGGAGGCGGUGAUCGAGCAGGCCGCCGCCAUGUGCAGCGGCAUCACGUCCGUGCUGGUGCCCAAGGGCACUUUCCUGCAGAUCUCGUUUGCGCAGCCGCACUUCCGCAAGCGCUUCUUGCUGGGCGAGGGCGAGCAGGCGCCGACCAGCACGGUCUACGGCUGGAACUACUCCUACCACAAAAUCGAUAUCGGUCUGGGGUACUUCUUCUACGUGCUGCAGAAGACCAAGGCCAGCGCCAAAUAG